CCCAGUUCGAGUCCCCCUCAAAGUCUGUUGGGGUACAUAACGUCACUAUCCAAUUAAAAACACAUCCUCCUGCAAGGUCCAUCUUUCAAUCCUUAGUCCUUUUGCCUACCUCAGUUCUAACACGAGAACAAAAUUUUAUCCAUUUCAGUCUCCAGGGCCCCCUGGACAAAGAGCGAGCUAACACAGCAAAGUAAAAAUUAAAAAAAUACUACUACACUGAUCGCUAGUAAUUAAACUCUGUGGCAGCGCGAUGUUUAAUCAGAGGACACGUAUCUAUUGCGGGUACUACUAGCAUAAGCAGAGGGCCCAGCUCGGAUUCCUCCUCUGCCAUUUCCUCCACGCGAAAUGCCUGAAUCUGCAUUUCUGUGAGAAUCAGAAUGGCUUUACUCUACACACUGGAUUGGAGCCUCGCUGGCAUUUGUCAUGCCUCCUUCACACCCACCAAGCAUCGCAGGCGAACAAGAUCUUGCUCCGCUUUUGCCUUCAACCACAGAUGCCGGUGGCAGCAGCAUUUAACUAGACACUGCCGGUGCCGAUCGUCCAUGGCAGAAGAGGGGCCUAAAUUCGAUGCAACUGAAGCGCCUCCCUCCAGCUUUUGUAUUAUAGAAGGACCUGAAACAGUACAAGAUUUUGGAAAAAUGCAAUUACAAGAGAUUCAAGAUAAUAUUAGAAGUCGUCGCAACAAAAUUUUCCUACAUAUGGAAGAGAUUAGAAGACUUAGGAUACAACAAAGGAUAAAAAAUGCUGAAUUGGGCAUCAUGAACAGUGAAGUGGAAAAUGAGAUGCCUAAUUUUCCAUCUUUCAUCCCUUUCCUUCCUCCUUUGACCCCAGCAAAUUUGAAGCUAUAUUAUGCAUCAUGCUUCUCACUUAUCACGGGAAUCAUUAUAUUUGGUGGCCUACUUGCACCCACUCUUGAGCUCAAACUGGGUUUAGGUGGUACCACUUAUGAAGAUUUCAUACGCAAUGUGCAUUUACCAAUGCAGCUGAGUCAGGUUGAUCCCAUAGUAGCAUCCUUUUCAGGAGGAGCAGUAGGUGUAAUAUCGGCUCUAAUGGUGGUUGAGAUCAACAAUGUCAAGCAACAAGAGCAUAAGAGAUGCAGAUACUGCCUAGGAACUGGAUAUUUAGCCUGUGCUCGAUGUUCCAGCUCAGGAGCACUUGUUUUUGUUGAACCAGUAGCAACAGUCAAUGGUUCAGAUCGACCCUUAUCACCCCCUAUAGCAGAAAGAUGCCCUAAUUGUUUAGGAGCUGGAAAGGUCAUGUGCCCAACAUGCCUAUGCACUGGAAUGGCGAUGGCAAGUGAACAUGACCCUCGCAUAGAUCCUUUUGAUUAGUUGAUUUACUACUCUAAAGUAUUUUCAGCCCAGCUGUGGAGAGAUUUGAUGUGCAUAAGCUGUUUCCAAAUUCUGGCACUAGUACAUCAACCAUCUAAGUAUGAGUAAAUAUCUAGUCAAAGCAACUAACCUAUGAGCAUUCCAUGAUGCAUUUUUUGGAUUAUUUUGCUUAUGAUAAAUCAGUUAAGAAAAAUGAAAGUAAAUGGCUAUCUUGUAUCAAGACACGGAAUAAUAUGUUCUAUUUGUAGCAUUCAAAUUGUGAAAACUGUUGUCAGGUAAUUAUGUCAUAUUGUAAUUAGAACGUUACGUGUGUUAAGGGUCGGUGGUUACGUGACGGUUGUCGGCAUGGCACCGGACAACCUACACCGACACCUAUAUAAAUGUACUUGGUUUCCUAUUUCAGUGUGUAGAUAUUGUCGAAGAAAGUUAUGUUUUGAAUGUACUGGCAUUUGGCAUUAAUGAAUACAUACAUCUGAGUUCUUUUGUUUA